AACUCGAAGGAUUAAACUUUGGUCUUGCUAUGAAACAAGAAGCAGAACAAACAAAUUACAUGACAGACGGCUAUUAAAUGCAAAGAAUUUAAACCUAUCUGGCGAUAGCAGUUUAACUAAGUCACUCGGUGGCAAAUUGGUUUGGCAAAGUAUGAAAACUCCUGUGCAUUCUGCGGCGGACGCUGGAGGUAUGAUUAAUCCAAAUAAUACACAAGUGGGAAUUGAAAACAAUAUACUUCAUUUCAAUGAAAGUAAAUAUACACAGACUCCAGAUGCAUUUGGACUGGUGUCUGCAAAUAAAUCCAAUUGCAAGAUCGGCUAGUUUGUUUUCCAACAAAAUAUUGUAAGUUUGAAAAUUUAUCUGCAUCAUAUUGAGAGUUAAUUUGAUAAAUUGCAUAUACAAGGAAAUCAUUCAGCAUCCAGCAUCCAGCAAUGGAAGAAUCUGUAGAGCGUGGAUGGUAUGAUCGUCACAAAAGAGGACAACCUAGUGCUUCAGAAGUGGGCAGGGUCAUUAAAGCUGCCAAAAUGUCAUGCCAGAAAAUCCUUUCUUGCAGAUUCUUGAAAAAUAUAACAUUGUAGGGACCGUAUUCUGGGAAUCCUACCUGAGUUUUUUAGGCAUAUUUCAGAAGAAUCACCUGAUAAAGCACUCUUAAGUGUCUUUCUGGAGGCACUUGGAAUGUGAAACUACAAUGUGAUGCUUGGGCUUGCUUAUACACAAAUGUUGGAAGAAAUUUCAGAAAAAUUACCAACUAGAAUAUGGGGAACUUCUCGUGUUUAGGUACGAUGGCGCUGUUAUUUACUUGGGACUGUGACUUUUGAGCCGAGGGUCUUUCGGAAACAGCCUUUCUAUCUCCAUGAGUAAGAAUGGACUUGAGAGAUGUAUGAAGUUAACAACCAUGGGAAAAAAUCAACAAGCUUCAACAUAUGAUGGGAACAUGAAACUCCAAGAAAAGGAGCUGCAAUUGAGAAAGCAGAGGACCUUCUCACUCCAAAAAAUCCUCAAUUCGUGAAAUGCUUGGCUUGUUUCUUGUAUGUUCCAAAGUCCUUUUGUGAAUGACUUUCAAAAUCAGACAAUAAGACAACAGUUUUUCUUCAUAAUUCAGAAGGAAAAGAGUGGAAAGUGAAUUGUAUAACACAAAUAGGAUAUCACACUUUAUGUGAGAGAUGGAAAAAGUUUUUGACCUCGCCGCUACUGAGAUUGAUUAUCAAUUUAGAAGUCAUGGCAAUGCUAAAGUACGUGAUGUUGGUCAGGAUCUUUCACUCAGAAAGAAAAAAAUUAUUGGUGAUAAGGAUGGCUAGAACUCUGUUGAAAUCGUGGAUCCCUUGGAAACUGAGCAAGGACCAGAGAGUUCACCUAAGUAUCUGGAUGUUGGCACAGAGCCAAAAGACAUAAAAGUACACCUGGAAGGAUUAAGCUUUUGCGUUGCUAUGAAACAAGAAGCAGAACAAUCAAAUUACAUGACAACAGACAGCUAUUAAAUGCAAAGAAUUCAAACAUAUCGGACAAUAGCAGUUUAACUAGGCCACUGGGUGGCAAAUUAGUUCGAUGAAAAGUCCUAUACAUUCUGCAGCGGCAACUGGAGGUACAAGGAAAUCAUUCACUGGCAAGCAAUGGGAGAAUCUGUAGGGCGUGGAAGGUAUGAUUGUUGCAAAAGAGGACAACCGAGUGCUUCAGAAUCGAGCAGGGCCAUUAGAGCUGCCAAAAUGUUCAUGCCAGAAAAUCCUCACUUUUUGCACAUCCUUGAAAAAUAUAAGAUUGUACGGCACCAUAUUCUGAAAAUCCCCACAAGUUAUACCAAUUACAAGAAUGGAAAGAUACCUAGGAAUGUUUCUCUUCGGGAUCGGUUUGGCAAUAUAUGGCCUAUUGGAGUGACCAAAGCAGAAAGAGAGUUUUAUUUUCAAUACGGAUGGGAGAAAUUCAUUGAGGACAACACUUUAGAGGAUGGAGACAUUUUUGUAUUUUAUUAUGACGGAAAUGGAACAUUUGACUUAAAAAUACUUGGAAUAAGAACUAGAUGUGAAAAGAAAGGGGUUGGAGGUUUGAAAUUGGUUGUGGAGGAGGAAGAAAAAAAUGAACAUCAAAAGAGUGUAGAGCCAAAAGGAAAAAAAUUGGCUAGUAAUAGCAGCAGUAGUUCUUCUUUUGAUGAUAGUGAUGACGAUUACAUGGUAGAAGAAGAAGAGAACAAGGGAUACGAAGUUGUAGUAGUAGAAGAAGAGGACGAGAGAUACGAAGUCGUAGUAGAAGAAGCUGAAGAAGAUGAUGAAGUGGAAGAGAAUGAAAGGGCUGACACAUUUAAGAAAAAGGCACCACAUUCAAAAGCCUCAGUGAAGAUAGAUAAGGCACCACGUUCAAAACGUAGACGCGUGGAAGAAACUAAGGAGGGGGAAUAUGAAGACGAGGAGGAAGAGGAAGAACAGAAUGAAAGGGCUGGCACACUUAAGCAAAAGGUGUCAUGUUCAAAAGCUGGAUAUAAAAGAACCGCUGCUCGCAAGGUGUGGGAUCGCCAUGACCAAUUUGGGGCAGAAAUAUUCAAAAGUGGACGUGCAACUCAGCCAAAAAAUCCUUACUUCAUAGCGAAAAUACAAGCAAAAGGGAGAGAUCAACUAUACGUUCCAAUUGAUGUGGUGAAAGACUUCAAUCUUGAACUCCCUUCAAGUAUGACCGUUCGCGACUCUACUGGCAGAGAAUUUGAGACAAAACUCGAGAAUUGGAAGGAUGGUAGAAUAUGGCUUAUCGGAGGAUGGCACAGUUUAUGUAGGCGGAACUUUGUGGAGAAAGAUGUCAGGUGUAUUUGUGAAUUUGUGAAAGGAAAAGGCCAAAAAGACCUUUACUUGGAAGUUCAAAUUCUCCAUGAAGGAUCAGUUUCCAAUCCCAACAAGAAACAUAUGGAAGAGGAAGAAGAAGAUGAUGAUGAUGAUGAUGAUGAAGAGGAAGAAACUGAGGAGGAGGAGGAGGAGCAAGAGGAGAAUCUAAGGACCGACACGUUUAAGAAAAAAGCUCCACAUUCAAAAGCUAGAUGCAAAAGAGACACUGGUCGCAAAGUGAGGGAUAUCCCUGACCAAUAUGGUGCAGAUAUAUUCAAAAGUGGACGCGCAACUCAGCCAAAAAAUCCUUACUUUGUAGCGAAAAUACAAGCAAAAAGGAGAGAUCAACUGUACAUUCCAAUUGAUGUGGUGAGAGACUACAAACUUGAACUCCCUUCAAGAAUGACCAUUCGCGAUUCUGCUGGCAGAGAAUUUGAGACAAAACGCAAGAACUGGAAGGACGGUAGAAUAUGGCUAAUUGGCGGAUGGCGCAGUAUAUGUCGGUGGAACCUUGUGGAAAAAGAUGACAGGUGCAUUUGUGAAUUUGUGAGAGGAAAAGGCGAAAAUGACAUUUACUUGCAGGUUCAAGUUCUCCAUGAAGGAUCAAUUUCCAAAUAGUGAACUUGUAACAAGUGGUGUUGUUUGUAGACAAAUAUUGAAGACUUAUCUGGUCUGUAUUGAUAGCUCUGACAAUUAAAAGCCUGUUGACUGCUGUUAAGACUAAAGUCUGGUUUAUUACAUUUGAAUGUUCAACAAUUAUUUGG